AUGGCCCUGCUGCUCAACCACUGGAUAUGUUUGGUUGUUUUGUUGCUCACCAUGUCCAUGAGCCAUGCCUUGAGAAGAAUUGCUCUGAAGAAGAUGCCAUCUAUCAGGGAGACACUGCAAGAGAUGGGAGUGUCUGCAGAGCAGGUGUUGACGGAGCUGGCCCAGAACAGCAAAGACAACUCGAACAAUGGCACUGUUCCCACACCUCUUACCAACUACUUAGACACACAGUACUUUGGAGAAAUCAGUAUUGGCUCUCCGGCCCAGAUGUUCAAUGUGGUAUUUGAUACAGGCUCGGCCAACUUGUGGGUACCCUCACAAAGCUGCUCUCCAUUUUCCACCGCCUGCUAUACUCACAACAGGUAUGACGCUUCGAAAUCCCGGACUUACGUUGAGAAUGGAACCGGAUUUUCUAUUCAGUACGCUUCAGGAAAUGUCCGGGGGUUCCUGAGUGAGGAUGUGGUCGUGGUCGGAGGCAUUCCUGUGGUCCAAGUGUUCGCUGAGGCCACCUCUCUUUCCGCCAUGCCCUUCAUCUUUGCCAAGUUCGACGGCGUCCUGGGGAUGGGUUACCCCAACGUGGCCAUCGACGGCAUCACGCCAGUGUUUGACCGCAUCAUGUCCCAACAUGUGCUCAAGGAGGAGGUGUUUUCGAUCUACUACAGUCGCGAUCCAAAACACUCCCCAGGCGGAGAGCUGGUCCUGGGCGGCACAGACCCCAGCUACUACACCGGAGCCUUUAAUUAUGUGGACACCAGUGAAAUGGGCAAAUGGGAAGUGACCAUGAAAGGAGUGUCCGUGGGGACGGAGAUGAUGUUCUGCGCUGAGGGCUGCACAGCUGUUAUUGACACGGGUUCCUCCUACAUCACAGGUCCCGCCUCCUCGGUGUCCAUGCUGAUGAAAACCAUCGGAGCACAGCUGGAUGAAAGCGGAUACAAAGUUGACUGCGAUGCUGUGAAGAUGUUGCCCAGCAUCAUUUUCCACCUGGGUGGUCAGGAGUACACACUCACACAGGAGGAUUAUAUCCUAUGGCAAUCGCAGAUUGAAGGCGACGUCUGCAUCGUCACCUUCCGGGGCUUGGACGUGCCGCCCCCUGCUGGUCCCAUCUGGAUUCUGGGCGCUAACUUCAUCGCCCGUUACUACACAGAGUUUGACCGUCGCAAUAACCGGAUAGGGUUCGCUACAGCAGUCUGACAGAGAGUGAAGCGUCAGCUCUGCUGCUCUCUUUUUGCCCUUCACUACUUUCGCUGCUACUGCCUGAU